AAUAAUUUUUCCAACACACAUACAGUAUUAUAUGCAUGGCGGAAGAAACAAGUGGAGUUGCAAAAUUAAUCCAUGAAAGAGAGGAAGAGUCUCAAGCUCAAGAAUAUCUAUGGAAUUGCAUAUUUGGUUUCACUGAAACGGCUGUAGUUAAAUGUGCUGUUGAAUUGGGAAUUUCUGAUUAUUUAGAAACCCAUAAACAACAACCUGUUUCGUUAAACCAAUUGUCCACUGCAUUUGGGUGUUGUGCUUCUUCCCUAUAUCGAAUUCUGAGGUUCUUGACUAACAGGGGAAUAUUUAAAGAGGUGUCAUCAGUUGGAGAUGGUGGUGAUGUUUUGGGUUAUGUGCAAACACCUAUUUCUCGUCUGCUGAGGAGAGAUGGAGAAAAUAGCAUGGCUCAUCUUCUCUUACUUCAAAACAGUCCAUUUAUGCUUGCACCAUGGCACUACCUCACUGCCCGCCUUUUAGAUAAGGAAAAUACCUCACCAUUCAAUGCUGUUCAUGGAAAGGAUGCGUGGGAGUAUGCAAAAAACAAUUCGGAGCAUAACAAGCUAAUCAACGACGGUAUGGCUUGCCACGCCCGGAUGACGACGCGUGUCAUUAUCGAUAAUUAUGCCGAGAUAUUUAAAGGGAUAGAGUCAUUGGUAGAUGUUGGAGGAGGUAAUGGAACAACUCUUGGUAUGUUGGUGAAGGCAUUCCCUUGGAUCAAAGGGAUUAACUUUGAUCUGCCUCAUGUUGUCUCUGUUGCUCCUCAUUAUGAUGGUGUUGUACAUGUUGAAGGGGAUAUGUUUGAUUCUGUUCCCAAUGCUCAUGCUGCUUUCUUCAUGGCGGUUUUACAUGACUGGGGUGAUGAAGAAUGCAUUCGAAUCUUGAAAAAUUGCAUAAAAGCUAUUUCAAAAGAUACAGGGAAGGUGAUAAUUGUGGAGACAGUUCUUGAGGAAAAAAUAGGCAAUGAUAAAAGCCUCAAGGAUGUUGGUUUUAUGAUGGAUAUGGUAAUGAUGUCUCACACAAGUAAUGGAAAAGAGAGAAGUGCAAAGGAAUGGGCUCAUAUUCUGAGUGAAGCUGGAUUCAGUAGGCACUCUAUUGUGAAUAUUCCUGCUAUUGAAUGUAUUAUUUUGGCUUAUCCUUGAGUUGAAUCAUCUCUGAUGACUUGUUUUCGUUGCUUGUAUUGUUAUUUUGAGUUUGUUUGAUCUGUUUUGGGAACAUUGUUCGGAUGAAUAUGGGACAAUUUAAUUUGUAUUUUGGAUGUUGUAUUACACUUC